AUGGAUUCAAGACCUAUCAUCAAUAUUAAGCUGAAUGGGGAGUCUGCCUCUCAUUCCCACAUUGAUCAACUAGAACUCGAAGCUUGCUACCGCGCGCUGAGCAACUUGCACAACUUACUGACUCCAGAAUCAGUAUUAAACCUGAUGAGUGACCAGAUUGAAGAGGGGAAUAGAUACUUUGAGUCGCUAAUCACAAAAUCAAAGGGAGGAUUCCGAGAGUGUAGAACAUAUUUGAAAGUCUCCGGUAUCACGGUAAGAGAUAUGCAGAUGACCACCAGCCGCUGGCUGCUCUGCCGGCCUCUGGAAGAAUUGGCAGCCAGGUAUGUACUCCCCACUCACCCCGAGCACUAUGCAAUCAUGCAAGGUCCUGGGUCAUCAUCGAGAGAUCCCCCAGACUGGGGAGUGGAGAUGAUCGGCGAUCACAUAGCCAAAGUUCGAUACAUCGACCUUGAAGACAAGGGGCAGACCAUACCCAAGUGGUUGAUGGCACAGAGAGAUUGGAAUUAUGACAUGGUAGAGUUGUUGGUCGCCAAGCUCACAAGCGGAAACAUAUUCUUCUAUGUCAUGAAUGAAUUCAUGAAUUUCGAUGGUGGCUGUAAAGUUAGACUGCGAACAUUUUUCCCUUCUGCGGCUCCUCGGUCUUUGAUGGAGCAACAUGCGCAGCACCUCGCGAUCGAGUUUCGGAAUUUGCUAACGAUGGUUAACGAGACUGUCCAGGAUUUAGAAGAUGAUUUUUGA